AUGGACGCCGAGAUGGGCGACAGCUUGGACAAGUAUUGGGAGGAGACGCAGCGCUACAUCGAGUACGAGGAGCUCAGGUACGAGUACGAGCGAACCAAAUCCGCGCGCCAGCGAUACAAUACAAUGCGCCGACUGACGGCUGGCCGGGGAUUCAUCCAUUCCGUUGAUGGGUGCAGCAUCUACUUGGAGGCGCAGGAGGACGCCAUGUCCUGCUACGACUCUAGCUCGCCGGACGGCUCCAACUCCCACUCGUCGCCGGCUCCGGCGGGGGCAGGCCAGGGCCGCGCGAUGGACAAGGCGUCGAUCAUCAAGGACGCCAUCGAGUACAUCCAGCAGCUGCAGUCGGAGGAGCGGCAGCGGGGCGCAGUCCGCUCCGCCCCCGCCCCGCCCCCGCCCGUAGAGCUCCUGGAGCUGCGCGUGUCGGAGGUGGGCGACCGCGUGCUGGUGGUGAGCGUGACGUGCAGCAAGCGGCGCGACGCCAUGGCCAAGGUAUGCCGCGCUAUCGAGGAGCUCCGGCUCCGGAUCAUCACCGCAAACAUCACCGCCGUCGCCGGCUGCCUCAUGCACACCGUAUUCGUCGAGGAAGAUAAAAUCGACCGCAUUCAAAUGAAGAACAUGAUUGAGGCAGCUCUCACACAGCUCGAUGCUAUCGGAAGCCCCCCAAGCUCGAUGAGCUAUUAG